UUCUCUUCCAUUUUCUAAUUUCGUGGCUUAUCUCUUGCCGCCAAUUUCAUGCGACCAUUUCUCGCAGCGCAAUGAACGAAUGUUGCACCACUUUUUUUGUUUCCCCUUCAAGCAUUAAGACGUUUUGCCAUGAAGAGGCUGGAUAGUUUCCCUCUCUCUCAAUGGACCUGCAGGACUUCCUUCUCCGUGCUCGAGUCUUGAGGCUUUACAGACAAGCAUUGAGAAUUUCUGGUCGAGCCCCUUCUUCUGCCAGAGCUGAACUGAGACAGACAAUCAGACAAGAGAUGGAAAAUAAUAGAAACUGCAAUGACAAGCAAAGGAUCCGUUUCUUGAUUAGUGAGGGAUUGGAGAGACUGAACCGACUGGAUGAAAUGCUUGACAUGCAAGGUCACCGUUGAUGGAGUGGUAUGUGAAUGUGAUCAAAUACCUCGGCUUGUUAGGAGAGCAAAAAAUCAAAUUAGUUCAUGAAUGAUAUGGUAUCUGUAAAAUUAUGGUUUAAAUUCUCCGUUGAUUAAUAACUUUGCUUGAUGAUUGUCCCUUUCUACAUUCUACAGGGAUUCCUUAAGACUAACAAUCUUUUGAUUUAAUACUUGAUAUAAUCCUAUUUAUAUUGGCGUUA